ACAUUACCACAGUACCACCAGUCACCGCCGUUACCGUACACGAAUUUUUAUUGUUCGGUCGGCGAGUGGCGAAACGUUAUCUGCGUAUGCCGUAUACCGAUCGUCGAGUUGUAUUAAAUUUAUACGUUUUACGAUCUCUGAUCUCGGCGAUUAGUAUUUAGUAUGUCGAUCCGUCCUCUAGAUCUAACUUGUCAUCCGUUGACGUCCGUUUGACGCGUUAUCUGACAUAGCCAAAUCAUACGUUACCAGUACCUUCCUAGAUAGUCCACGUAGUAUAAAAUAAAUGAAUUAAUCGUUACGUAUUGUACGCGUCGAUCGAACGGAAACGAAAAAAAUGUUCCAGUGAGCCGACUCAACACUUCGACUUCCGAUAACUGCUGAGUGACGACAAAGCGUCGACAACUGUCUUCGAAGCCUAAUUGAAACUUUUGUUGCCAUCUAGAGCUGCAUAUAUAAACACACAGAAAUGGAUGAAGGAAUGGAUCCGACAUUUGCAAUGAGACUGAGGGCGCAGCUGUCCAGGAGUCCUGACUACGUUGUUUUGAAAAACCGUCAAAUGCAAGUAGCUGCAGAAUCCAAGUCACAAUCUGUGGAGAAAGAAAAUACAUUAUUGGGUUUUAAAAGACUUGAAGAAAUGGAAGUUGAUGAUGAUCCAAAUCAAUUAAAAUCUUUUAAAAAAUUUAAAACUGAUCAACCAUGUUCAUCUGUUCAAACUUAUGAUCAAUUUAAUGGUUUUCGAGCUGAUCGAUUUAUACCUUAUCGGGAGGCACAUAACCUUGCUGCAAGGUUUAAUAUUAUAUCAGAUAUUAGAUAUGGUUUAGAUUAUGGUAAGAAAGAUUUUCAAAGUGAAGCAGCUAACAAAGAUAAUGCGUACAAAGCCAUUCUUCACAAUGAAUUGCUUGGAUCUAGUGUUGGUGAAAUAAGUAUUCAAGAUAAAAAUCGUGAUCGUUUAGCUACCAAACGUAACUUGUUCCAAUACUAUUCCUCUAGUCCUGAACAAGUUGAUAAUAUUCAAUCACGGGUUCCUUAUUCUUUAUCUCCACUUGGUUCCAAAAGUCAAGAAAUUUUACGAUCGCCGCGUAAAAUACCUCGAAAAAUUUCUAGAGUACCUUAUAAAGUCCUUGAUGCCCCUGAACUGCAAGAUGACUUUUAUUUAAAUUUAGUUGAUUGGUCAUCUUCAAACUUACUUGCUGUUGGGCUAGGAAGUUGUGUUUAUUUAUGGUCUGCAACUACAAGUAAAGUCACAAGGAUUAGUGAUUUGUCAUCUGAUGGUAAUGUUGUUACUUCGGUAGCAUGGAAUGACAAAGGCAAUUAUUUAGCCUUUGGUACUCAAGAAGGAUCUGUAGAAGUAUGGGAUAUUGCUGCAGAAAAGCAAGUCAACAGUUUAACUGGACAUGCGGGUAGAGUCGGUGCUAUUGCAUGGAAUGGCGAUGUUGUAUCAUCGGGAAGUCGAGAUCGUAACAUAUUUUUAAGAGAUAUGAGAGGUCCAAGUUUAUCCACAUGUAGGAGAUAUGCUGGUCAUCGGCAAGAAGUAUGUGGACUAAAAUGGUCUCCAGAUAAUAGAUACCUAGCAUCUGGAGGAAAUGAUAAUAGACUAUAUGUAUGGAAUACACAUGCAUACACUCCACAAUUGACAUAUCAUCAACAUACUGCUGCAGUAAAAGCAAUUGCUUGGUCACCCCAUCAAAGAGGUUUAUUAACUAGUGGUGGAGGAACCGCUGAUAAAUGUAUACGUUUUUGGAACACACUAACUGGACAACCAAUGCAAUGUAUUGACACCGGAUCACAAGUAUGCAAUCUUGCUUGGUCUAGAAAUACUCAAGAGUUAGUUAGUACACACGGAUAUUCUCAAAAUCAAAUAGUUGUAUGGAAAUAUCCUUCGAUGAGUCAAAUUGCUAAACUCACAGGUCAUACAUUCAGGGUAUUGUAUUUGUCCAUGUCCCCAGACGGAGAAUCCAUAGUAACAGGAGCUGGAGAUGAGACAUUAAGAUUUUGGAAUAUAUUUUCAAAAGCACGUUCACAUAAAGAACCCAAGUCAAAACUAAAUCUUUUUACAAACAUUCGAUAAGCGGUGUGUAUUAUUAUAAUUGAUCCAAAAAUUUAAUCAUGUCUUGAUCUCUCUUUCUUAUAUAUUUUAUAUUUUGUUUGCCUUUUAGCCAUUUUUCAGUUUGUUACCCAUUGAACAAACUUAACUAUUUUUAUUUUAUUUUUAAUUGUAAACAAUUUAAUUUUGUUUUGAUUUUGCUUUUUCGAUAUUUUCUUUUUUAAAACAAUUUUGAGAACUAUAUAACUAUAACUAUAUUUCUGUAAUUUUUUUAUUUUGAGAUGUACAAGUGAUAACUUUUAAUAAAUAAUUAAAUGCAAUAGGUAUAUACUAAAACCUGUAGGAAUAAUAAAAAUAAAAUGUGAUAAAUUAAUGUCUAUGUAUAGUUGGAUUUCUUAGUUAUUUUUAAUAUCAUUAUAAAGUUGGUUAAAAAUAUUUUAAUUUAUAUUAUUUUUGAACAAUUCUAAUCUAAGUUUUUUAGCAAGCAUUUUUUUCAAAUAUUUGAUUUCAUGUUUUCAUUUAAAGCCAAAAUUAAAAUUUGAUUAUUUUACAGUUCUAUAGAAAUAAUCAUAAAUAAUAUACAUAAAUGGUUGAAUUACAAUAUUAUUCACAAUAUUAUUAUUAUAACCAUGUUGAAAUACCUUGAUUAAUUUUAUGUUAAUCUGAAUAGUUUUUCAAUUUGGUAAUGUUAAUAAUUAUUACACUUAGGUACUUAGUUGUUUCAAAAUUGUAUGUUAAUUAUGAGAAAAUUUUGCUUUCUUAACUAACCUUACCUAACUAUAUCCUAUUCCUAGCUACCUAACUCUUAUUAUAUUCCAUUAAUAUUUAAAGAGUCCAGUAUUUAAAAUAACUACAAAAAUUGACCAUUAUCAUUAUAAUUAUUCAUAACAUAAUUUAAAAAAUUAAUUGCGUCAGAUUGUAGAGUUCUUUUUAUUUAUUUAUAAUUUAACAUCAAAAUUUUUAGGUAGUUCAUAAAAUUUGAUUAAAUUUUAAUACUUUUACCAAAUAUUCUUAUUUUUAGUUAUUAUUUUUACAGUGUACCUACCUAAAUAACUAAUAUUUUGUUUUCUAAUUAUGAUAAUGUAUAAUAUAAAAUUAAAAUAAUGUGUUCAUAUCUCAUUUUCUCUUUGUAAGUAAAUAGGUACACAAUGGUACUUUAUAGUCAUAUUUUGAUACACUUGUAAAUAAUGUUAAGAUAAAUGAAUAAAAUAUUGUUAUUUUAUUAAAAUACAUAUCAAUUGAUCUAAUAAUUAAGUAAAGCACAAUUGUUAGAUUGAUUGAUGUAUAAUUGUUUAUUAUUGUGCACAAAUGUUAUCAAGUAUUUAUUUUGUAAAGAGUAUACAUUUAUUAUUUUGGGUGAUUAAAUAAAAUUUUAACUAAAUGUU